GCCUCUAGCAUCCACGAACUUGGGCUUAUAUAUGUAUCCCAACAGAUUGCAACCCUAAGCCUUGACUCUCUAAUUCAUCAUCAUCCAUUCUGAUGUACCACCGUCCUUUCCUAGUUGGAUUGGUGCAAGAUAAACGAUGGGUGGAAGAAAGGGUGCAGUGGAGUCCAUGGAGAUUCAUCAUCACGCUGCGACUUCCUACAAAUAAAAGAUGAUUGAUUGCUGGGCUUCUCAGGUGUGCAACAGUGGGUUGUAAUGGUGAAUAACAGUGUUUCGAUUGGGAAUUAUGGAAGGUGCGAAGUGAUGGGUGGCGCAAUCAACCACGAAGAAAGGGUCUAUAAGUUGCAGGUUAGCAUGACCCUACUAAAGUAUCCUUUUACAUCAUUUUAGGGCAGAAAGAUUGAUGUGGUAUUUUUUUUAUUCAAAUUAAUUAUAUGAUUGAUGUAGUAUAUUGCUAUUGAAAUCAAUAUAUGUAAUGUGCAUCACCUUUGAUCGUUAUGUGAUGAAUAGAAUCCUAAAAACAUGGGUCAAUUAGUGAAAUUGUGUGAAGAACAGAGUCAUAAAAGCAUGGGUCAAUU